CAGCAAAGCAACUGAGGGCUGUGGGGGAAAGAGCAGAGAACGUUUAAAAAUACUGACCUGGGUGAUCAAUGUAACUUCAAACCAGAUGAUUGGCUCUUGCAGCUGAAUCAGGAGAAGAGCGAAUCUCCGGCGCUCCGUCCUCAGAGAGUUUAACAGUGACUGAGGAGAGAGAAAAAAACUACAACGAACUCCCUGGGUAUCGGAGCAAAGGCUGAAAGGAAAAUAAAUUAUAUCCGCCCACAUUUAUAUUUCGCGAUAUUUCUAGCCUGCGACUGUAUGGAUGUGAAUAUUGUGCCAGAGAGACUGUAGAGAAUGGCCAGAACCAAGCAGACAGCGCGCAAAUCCACUGGAGGGAAAGCUCCCCGCAAGCAGCUGGCGACCAAAGCGGCCCGCAAGAGCGCUCCGGCCACGGGCGGAGUGAAGAAGCCUCAUCGCUACAGGCCCGGCACGGUGGCUCUGCGGGAGAUCCGCCGCUACCAGAAAUCCACCGAGCUGCUGAUCCGCAAACUGCCGUUCCAGCGCCUGGUGCGGGAGAUCGCUCAGGACUUCAAGACCGACCUGCGCUUCCAGAGCUCGGCCGUAAUGGCCUUGCAGGAGGCCAGCGAGGCUUACCUGGUGGGGCUGUUUGAGGACACCAACCUGUCUGUGGUCUGUGCAAUGUCUGGGAGAGGGAAGGGAGGCAAAGGCCUCGGAAAAGGCGGAGCGAAGAGGCACCGCAAAGUGCUCCGUGAUAACAUCCAGGGCAUCACGAAACCAGCCAUCCGGCGCCUGGCUCGCCGUGGCGGGGUCAAGCGCAUCUCGGGCUUGAUCUACGAGGAGACCCGCGGGGUGCUGAAGGUUUUCCUGGAGAAUGUGAUCAGGGAUGCGGUGACCUACACUGAGCACGCCAAGCGCAAGACGGUGACUGCCAUGGAUGUGGUGUAUGCUCUGAAACGCCAGGGCCGCACGCUGUAUGGAUUCGGCGGCUGAGCAACUCGUCCCUUUUCCAGCGACCCCAACGGCUCUUUUCAGAGCCACCCAAACCCUCCGAUUGAGAGCGGAGACCCGAGGAUGGGAAAAGGCAGCACAUAGGGAGUGGACAGUGUACUGCAGCUGGUUAUUUCAUUUCGAGAUAUUUGAUUUUGGAUCACUCUUUAAAGACAAUACAUAAAGUUCACGCUCAGCGUUACAGGAGUGAAAACAGGUAGAGCGGAGCAUUCACUUCGUUGCUGUCUCCUAUAACGAAUGUUUUACAUUUAAAAUAUCCCUUCAGUGCAGAUAGAGGCUUUUCAGCCGUUCGAGAAUACACUGAUAUUGCUGCUGAUUAUAUCACAUUGCGACUAAGAUACAGAAGUCGGCUCUGUCAUUCGAUCAUGGCUGAUUGGUUUCUCAACCCUGAUGUGCCUUCUCCCCUUGACCUUAGACCCUUUUUCUUACGAACACCUCUCUGUCUCGGUAACAAUACCAGUAUGUGUAGUUAGUUGUUAACACCAUGAAUAAUAAUGUGUUCUUCCAUGAGUUUUGGGACCCAGAGGCGAAUGAUACAUUUCACAGUAUUUGUACUUCAUUGACCCUUCCAGGAAUGAUUUGUUGUUCAGUUUUCACUCUCACAGCCGUGCCGCUGUUUUCGUGCCGUAUUCUUUCUAUCUGCCUGUUACAGACAGGUCUGGCAGCAAUUGCAAAUUGUGUGCGGGCUAAUUAUGGUCUGGGUGUAAUUUAAAAAAGU